GGCGGGAGAUGCAGAGACGAACAUCGAAGGCACAGAAAAUGUGUCACAAAAUCUGAAGUGUUGCGACAGAAGUUAGAUGUUACAAUGAAAAGACUUCAGGAAAGCGAAGCCGUGCUUCAAGACCAGGCGGUGAACAAGUAUACCGACAUCAGUGCCCAGUAUGGGCAGAGUGGGGGAUUUUGGGACAGCCAGGACAGCGAAAGUGACAGUCAGCUCAUCAGCAAGUUUACAACCUCAAUAUUUCUAGCUGCGCCCCCGCCUUCCAUGACACUGAAAAUGCUUAGCAAUUCACACAACAACAAUGAGAGUGUGAAUUCAGCAGAUUAUGUGUCAAGGUCAACACAAAGGUCAAGGUCACCCACUAGUCCUUCUGUAUAUUCAGGCGCUUAUACUGAGAUUGAAAAUGCUCCCAAAAAGUUGUUGACCAGUUCUUUUUACACUACCACGAGGCCAUUCCCUGCUGGACAGGCACUAAGAAUUAUCCCCCCUGCAGAGAAGCACAACUCAGCAAACUCCGGAUCUACGUCAAGUGGUGAUUCUGGGAUAGUCAGCUUUGACAUUUCCCUGCCGUCUCAAAAUAAAUUGGUGAUCGACAAACAAAACAGUUAUUCCCCAAAUAGUUCAGAAAUGAUUUGUUCAAGUCAAGAAAACAGCAGCAAUGCUGGAUAUAAGGAAUCGGAGAGUAGUAACUCAGAGUCUUCAACUUACCAAAUACCAGCUUUCCAGAAGUCUGGCAACAAAUCCAUAAUGAUGUUUAAUACUUCAAAUCGCCGAGCCAGCUUUGAAAUUCAGGCCACAGAAUCUAAUCCCAACACAUUGAGGUCGCAAUUGGAGAUUCCAGGCUACAGACGUCACUCAGUUCAGACUGCUCUGCUAACAGGCAUUUCUGACGGGCACUUUUCAUUGGAUGACUGCAACAACAACAACAAGUACAAAGAUUUUGAAGAAGAUGUCUUAGUGGAUUUGCUGAAGAAGUGUACAGAUUUUCCAGAGAGACGUAAAAUUCGCUCUGCUCUUCGACAUGUGAGAGAAAACCAAAAAGUUUCUGAUGACAACAGCUCUUCAGUGAAUGUCCCAACGGUGGUUUCCAUGGCAAGGCUGGCGUUGUCCACGGAUACAGAACAUCUGGUUCCCGUGUACACAUCCACUCCCAGAGACGUGGACAUCAUCGGUCCAGAUGAGAAUGAGAACUUAUUUGUGUCGCCCCACGUCAUGUACCCAGAAGAACAGGAAACCAAGAGUGAUUUGCACAGCUCUUAUUCUGCUGCACCUGGCGUGAAGUCAUCCAGCCAGGAAAUCCACCUUGUCUUUCGGGAUUCCCAGAACGCCAAGAAAAGCUCUGUGUCCUCUGGUGACAAAAGGGAACAAAAUACUGGCACUGUGAACACAACAUCUAGCAGUUUUAGGAAAGUCUCCAGGGCUGGGAGAACUACGGCUAAAGCUGUCAGUGAGGAUUCUCAGCCUGAGAAGGCAAGAGUGAAGUCCGCUCUCCAUGGAACCAGGACAGGUGCUGCUGCUGCAACUGCGUCCUCAUCAGCAAAGGCAUCCAUAAAGGUCAAGCUUGCUGAUUCCAAACACCAACAGAAAAGUGCUUCGAGGCAACCAGGUGAAAGAGCAAAGAGUGCAGGCUCUGUUAGAGAACGAUCGAAAGACUCCAAAACUUCUUCCGUGCCAAUUUUGUCCGUAAAUUCGGCAAAGAGAGCGAAAGAGACUUCAGGAAUAAAUAUUAGUGGUGCCCGAAAAUUGUCAGAGGACGUGAAAGAGUCUUCUCGCUCGCGAAGCCCGAUAGAGAAAGCUGCUGACAUCAAAACCGGUAUUGUGCCAAAGUCUGCAAAAUCUGCAAGUAAUUCAUCAAAGCAAGUUGCUUCACAACAGACUACUCAAACAGCCAAAGCCAAAAAUGCAGUGUCUACACAUAAAAUUGAGCCCAGUGGAGGCAAAGUGACAGGUAGUAAGUCCGCUGUGGUGAGAGCUACCUCAGAUUCCAUUGUUGUUGUUGGAGCCAGUGAAAACAUCAUCAUUCCAAAGAUUGUUAUAUCAGACGAAAGCGAAUUGGACAAUGAAUGUGAACUUUCUUCGAGAAGACGACAGAGUUCUCCUGUGAGUCCUAAACAAGAAGUUCAUCCCGUCAAACUUCAGGAGAAACAAAAAUAUUAUCGUAGGAAACGACCAAAGGCUGUGUCUCCAAUUCCAGAAGGUGAUGAUCACAAAAUGGCCGCUGUAGUUGCCAUGGAAACCGUUCCUGCAGUCAGGGAGGCAAGCGAUAGUGCAGUAGAAGUGAAUCCGACAACCAGUCACAAUAAUUCUAGUCAAAGUGGUGCAGACUUAGAAAGAGCAUUUACAGAUUUGCUUGAUAAUUUUGAUGAAAUUGGAGAAAAUGACGAUGUGCAAAAAGAUACUGUUCACUCAAGUGGGAAAAAAACAGAUGGAGGCAAUGUCAUUGGAGAUGAAAUUUCUUGUGAGGAGAAAGGGCAUGAAGUUCCUGGGCGGGCAAACCAUAAUAGUACAUCUGAUGAGAAAGGGAUUGCAGACAGCUGUGACUGCACAGAAGAAUCCAUCAUGACAGAUCAAGGAGAAGUAAGCCUGCUAUCCGACAUGUCGGUCAGUAGUCCUGUUUUUGAGCCCACCUCUCCGCUUGUCACGGAUGAAGGAUUUGAUGUGGAUCGUAUCGGAGAUGUGGUCAUCGAGGAGUCAGAAGAAGGGGCAUUAACAGCCACGGACGUCCAGGAACUGGACCAAGGUCAGCGCAAGGUUUCUGUGACAACGAAAAAGAAUAGAACAGGAAGUGAUGCUGAAUAUCAAGACAAAGAGACGACGGUCAUUACCACUUUCGAAUCCCCAGCUGGUACGAAGUAUGAAGAGCAAGACGUCAUCAAAACCAGGCGGAAACUCACGCCAAAAGGGUCGAUUUAUGUUAAAAGAGACACGGUUCGAACAAAACGUGCGCUCACCAGUACUGGAGAGCAGACGGUUGAAGAAGACCACAUCGUGGAGACUGACAAUAAGUCAGUGUCUCUUGGUAAAUCCUGGGGGGAUAAGACUCUGACUACGGUAGUACUCAGCAAACCGACAAGACGCAAUCGAGCAAUCCCAAGCAUCCAGGAGGAGACAACUGCUGCCAAACCUGCUGAGUCGUCAAGCAAAGAAGGCAUCCCAGAUAUAAUCCUCGCCUUGGGGGAUCAGGAUGUUGAUGUAGGUUCUAUGGUGACCUUGAGAUGUCAAGGAACUGGUGUCCCCAACCCUGAGGUCACAUGGUAUGCAGGGAGCAAUGCUCUGACAGAAACAGCAUAUUUUAAACCAUCGUUUGACGGGAAAACUGCUGAGCUGGUCAUCACUGAGGUAUUCCCAGAUGAUGAGCAAUUGUACCGAUGUGUGUUCAGGAAUUGUCAUGGAUCUGCAGAGACAAGCUGUAACCUCACUGUCACAGCAGUGACACAGGAAGAAGUGCCAUCUAUUACUAGUGCUUUGGAAGAUGUGGAGGCCAGCCCCGGUGAGGUGGUCACCAUGCAGUGCGGAGUUAAGGGCCUUGGAGAGAUCUUCUGGCACAAAGAAGGAACCAGGCUGAAAGAGUCACACAAGUAUGAAAUGAAAUUCGAGGAUGCGUCUGCGAGUUUGCGCAUCCGAGAUGUUGUGGUUGAGGAUGCUGGCCAGUACUCCUGCUCCGUGAAGAACACAGCUGGUGAAUCCAGCACGAUUUGCCAGCUUUUGGUCACAAUUGAAGGUUGUCCACCAGAUAUUUUGAACCCGCUUUUUAACUGCACUGCCACCUGUGGAAAACCUUUCAAACUGAUGUGUAGGAUAUCUGGUGACCCCGAACCCAGUGUCAGCUGGUAUCAUGAAGGGAGAGAACUCAAGGAGACUGCCACCUGCAAACCUUCAUACAUGGACAAUAUUGCUCGUUUGGAGCUGAAGCCAGUGACGGAGUCAGAUGGAGGGGGAGUACGAAUGCAUUGGAAAGAAUGCCUUAGGCAGUGCCAGCACAAACUGUGAACUUAGCG